UGCGCCGCUGUGCAGCGCCGAGCACGGCCCCCGCGCCGCGCAGCACGACGGCAUGGGGCGGGAUGGCGGCGGGGACCCGUACUGGUCCAGCUGGCUUUUCCUUCCUCUUCCACUGUUCUUGCCCUGUGUUUUACCCUGCCUCUCUGGCUGCCUUCCCCAAACUUUUCUGCAGGUUUCCAGUGGCUCCGUUAUCACUCAUCUCCUCUUCCAAGAACAACACUCAGGGAUUUCUGUUUGGGGCUUGAAAAAGCCCUUGCGUUUAUGUAGCGCUUCUGGACAUUCAGAUAGCACUUUUUAACGGAGACCUUAACUUGCCAAAGCAGGACUCCUCAGGCGGUAGAUGUGUUUUACCACCUCUGGUUUAACUGGGGGAAGGCCAAAGGGCUGAGAAGAGAAACCUGUUGCUGAAGGUUGCACACAAAGCCACGGGCUGAUCCCGCGGUAGGCAUGGGGAUCCCAUUUUGGAUGGUGCCUCCAAGGAGAGAAAUACAACAUGGAAAAGUCAGCGUGUCCUGGGAAGGAAAUGACUCCUGAAACCACUCUGCAUCUCCCAGCCUCUGGCUACACCUGAAGACAAGGGAUUAUUAUAGCGGUUUCUUUAAACUCCGGAGAUAAAAGGAGUUGUACCAUCAGCCACAAGCUGGUCGCCGGUCGCCUGAUCGCACUCUUUGCCCGGAGCCAACGGUCACAUUGCUUUUCUGAGUUCUAUGCCCUGAUCUUUUGUCAACACAACAUUGUAGCUUUUGUUGCAAUUUUUUUGUGGUUGGGUGUUUUUUUAUUGUACAAGUUCCUCACCCUGGUUUUAACCAUGCCCUUGCUGAGAGCUUUUUUCACGUGGGAAGCGUAAGCAAGCCACACGUUUCAUUCCUGGCCGAUCCACGUAUGCCCUUAGAUCAGCAUGCAAAGCACGCGUAAGCUCCACUGUUGUGUUUUCCCACCACCUGGACUUAACAACUCUUCCUAGCUCAUAAGAGCUGCUGAAAUCUAAUUUCACCUUUGCUUUUGCCGAAAGCAAGAAAUGAAGAGAGGAAAUAAACCCAGAGCUGCGCUUGCUGAACACCACUUUGUUGCCAUCUGCGGCUCUGCGGAGGGAGUUUGUGCAUGGGAGGCGGACAGGAAACCAGCAGCUUUCCCAGGAAAAAAAGCCCUGUGUCCUCUGUGCUGCUCUCGUUGGCUGUUAGCUGGUGGGUUGGAAAAAAACCCUCCUCUAAACCCCAAAGUUACUUCUGACAGCGACAAAUCAUUAGCUUGGAGCCAGUCUGCAGCACGACAAAAUCACCUCAAUGAGGGGAAAAUAAAAUGUCUCUGCCUUGAUAAGCAUGCUAGAUUUUCAAGGGAAGAGAAAUUGUUGUUGAGAAAAACAAAGAGAGACAAGUGAGAGGACUGUCAAACCAGGUUAAAAAUAUCUACCUGGGUAUUAUCUCCUCACACAGGACUGUCUGCACGACUGCUGUGUUUAUACCAUGUCAGUCAGGCCAUGGUUGUGUUGGAGAUGACUGUAAAUUAAAGCCAUAGGCAGGCCUGAGUCCCGCAUCUGGAUGGUGAUGUUGCUGCUGGGGACGUGCCUGCUGUACUGCGCCCGCGUCACCGUGCCCAUCUGCGCCGUCGCCCUGAGCACCCACUUCGACUGGGACAAGAAGCAGUCCGGCAUAGUGCUCAGCAGCUUCUUCUGGGGCUACUGCUUGACACAGAUCAUCGGGGGACAUAUCAGUGAUCAAAUAGGAGGUGAGAGAGUCCUCCUCCUCUCGGCAUCAGCCUGGGGGUUCCUCACGGUCCUCACCCCUCUGCUCACCCACGUCACUUCUGCCCAUCUCGUUUUUAUGGCCUCCUCCAGGUUCCUCAUGGGGUUGCUGCAAGGGGUGUAUUUUCCGUCCCUGGCCAGCCUGCUGUCCCAGAAGGUCCGGGAGAGCGAGCGCGCCUUCACCUACAGCACAGUGGGGACUGGCUCACAGUUUGGGACGCUGGUGAUCGGCGGUGCAGGAUCUCUCCUCCUGGACUGGUACGGCUGGGAGAGCGUUUUCUACUUCUCUGGUUUGCUCACUUUGCUCUGGGUUUAUUGCACCUGCAAGUACCUGCUGAGUGAGAAAGAACUCAUCAUCCCCAUAGAUUAUUUAAUGAGAGGCCUCUCGAUAUCCAAGCAGACCAAAGUUCCCUGGAAGCAGCUGUUUAAGAAGGCACCAAUAUGGGCUGUCAUCAUCGCUCAGCUUUCUACGGCCAGCACAUUUUUCACUCUCCUCUCCUGGCUGCCAACUUUCUUUAAGGAAAGUUUCCCCGAGUCAAAGGGCUGGGUGUUUAAUGUAGUCCCCUGGCUGGUUGCAAUUCCAACAAGCUUGUUCAGUGGAUUUCUGUCUGAUCAUUUAAUCAACCAGGGGUACAAAACCAUCACCAUUCGUAAGUUCAUGCAGGUCAUUGGCUCUGGUGUCUCAAGCAUUUUUGCUUUGUGCCUGGGCCAGACCUCCAGUUUUUGCAAAGCUAUAGUGUUUGCCUCUGCCUCUGUUGGACUUCAGACCUUUAACCACAGUGGCAUUUCAGUAAACGUACAGGAUCUGGCCCCCUCAUGUGCUGGCUUACUGUUCGGUGUUGGGAAUACAGGUGGAGCCCUCCUAGGUGUCAUUUGCGUGUACUUGGCUGGCUACCUGAUUGAAACGACUGGCUCCUGGAUUUCUGUUUUCAACCUGGUGGCUGCUGUUAACAGCAUUGGCCUCUGUGCAUUCCUUGUGUUUGGAGAGGCCCAGAGGGUGGACACAGACUCUGACUAUAUGGACCUCUAGGGAUGACUCCAGCAACAGCCGAGGGACAGGAGAGUGUCACAUCUGUGUGUCAUUGUCGCACAAGUGCCAAAGAAUAUAUUUUUUUUUAGGUGUUUAACAGGAAAAAAAAAGAUACUGAGAACAAGUACAUAAUGGGUCUGAAUGAAACCCAUGGGAGAAAAGAAAUCUAGAGUUCAUUUUUUGCUCAGGGCAUGGCUGAUGGCCUGUAGAGCCAUCCAGCUUAACAUCUCCAGUGAGGAUAUGGCCCGUGUGACUGGUUUGCCCCAGUCUGUGUCUAGCGGACAAAUAUCUGCGUGGCCAAAGCAGCUUACCUGUCUUACCUCUGAAGGGAGCUGCAGUUUGCAUGCUUUGCCCUGGAGCGGUCGCUUGCCGAGGGGAGCUGCUUCGCUGUGCCGGGAACGGGUCCCUCCGCGCUCUGCUGUCCUGCAACUGCAGGGAGGGCGGCUGGCUCUCGGGCUGCCACGCGACACGUGUGGCCUGAACUACAUGGAAGGAAUCGUCCAAACGAAUGUACCUCUGACCUUAACCCUCCCUCGCGUGCCUUCAUUUUGCAGUCUGCUCAACAGGUACAAGCCAGGUGUACAAGGGAACGGGUGGUGAGAUGAAUUCAAGGCUUCCCUUCAGGGGAAGUCUUCUGGCUGGAUGUCUACUGCAGACCCAGGGGCAUGAGGUUGCAUCAAUACCGCCUUCAUUGUGCUUGAGCUGAGCCAGGAGGAUGCAGAGCAGGUCGCUCAAACCAGCUGAGCCCGUCUUAGCUCAAGGGCUCCCUCCUCCCGCCCCCGGUCGCUUUACUCCAGCCCUGAGCCAAGGCAGACCACCUCAAACCAGCGUGAGAGCAGAGGAAAGGUGCAGUCACCCGUGGUCAGGCUUAGCUGGGCUGACCUCGCAGUGUAGGUGCAGUCGAGGAAUCCCCCAGGAGCUGUUUUGCCAUGUGCUGUGAAUGUAUAGGAAGGACAGGUCACGUUCUGUGCUAUGGAUCUAUACUCCCAAAUGCUUUCUGCUUGAUUUUGACGUGCUCUCAGAGGGGUGCGGGAGACUUUCCAAAGAGCCUGCAACAGGCAGCUCUUCUCCUAUGUUGAGAGUAAAGCAAAUUUCUGCAUUGAGGAUCCAUAGUACGGCUGUGGGCCCCUGCGGUUCCCCGUGCCAGGGGGAGAUUCUUGGCUGUACACGCCUCUGAGCCUGAAUGUCUUAAGUUAUUUAUAAAUAUUUUAAAAUUUAAGUACCAAAUACUAUAUUUUAUGUACUUGAGGCCUGAUUCUGCAUGCUUAUUUCGAGUGGUACUCCCACCAAAAUGCACAGUAUUUCUAGAAGGGAUGGAUUUACCAACCUACAGUUUCUGGUUUUGUAAGACCUGUUUUAAAUGUGACAUUUCAUAUUAAAGCAAUUAAUUGCUUUUCCUCCCACCCCUUGCUUGCAGCCUGAAGGGAUCUCUCUGAUUUCUCCAGUGCUUACCAGAAAACUUCAGCUGAGACUUGGGACCAGAUUUCCCAGGGGACCUGCCGUGCAGGAGAGCUAUAGGUUCAGAGUCAUUGUCCUUAAAAAAGAAACCUUAUCCCCUGCUUCUGCUUUUGUUUUGGCCAGAUUUCUUCUUGGAAUAUAUGUUGGAGCCAUGUUAAGUUUCUGAAUAGCUGUGUUUAUAGUGAAAAUACUGACAGCCUUUUAAUUGCAGAGACGCUAUUGGGUGCCACUAAACUAAGCUGAGCUACUUAUUGGGGAUAUUAAGAGAUAAAGAUGCAAUGGCCUGAUGUCUUUGCAAGAGAGUAUAGGAUCAGCAUGGCCUGACUGGGGGCCAGAGAGGCAAGAAAGUAUUUUUGUCUCCUUCUGUUCUUCUUUCUCUAAAAGGCUGGUUGCUACCGUAGGGACAACCCUGUAUCUGGGGUGCUGCAGAGCCAGGACACACGAAUGCUGCCAGAGUGCCUCUUAAAAUCAGUGGGUAAAUGGGGAAGGCACAAACAGCAAAUGCAAACCAGGCUUGCCAGCGACACCUGAGGCCAUGCAGCCAUCUCUGCCAGCCUUGUCCCUCGUCCAGUCCGAGCAGAUUGUUUGCACGACUUUUUCUAUAGAGACAUAGAAAAAAAAAAGGGGUUUUUUUGGUUUGUUUUUUUUUUUUUAACAUCUACCCUGGCUGUUCAGUGUUGCAGGUCAGGAACACAAGGAGUGAAUUCUGGUUCUCUUUGCUGGUUGCACAACUUCCUGUGGAAGAGUUUAAAUCUGUUUAAAUCACUCCCAUUUGAACCAGGCAGCUUGGCCACCCCUUGGCUUUGCGAGCUGGGAAAUCUGGAACUGAGAUCUGCAAAGGAAAGUCAGCGUUGCUGGCUCUGCCUUCUCUGUAAAUCCAGCUACCGCUUUGGUGGGUUGUCCAGAUUAUCUGUCUCUGUAAACUGGCUAAUAAGUUAAAUAUUUGAAGUACAUUUGAGGCUUAGGUUUCAUUAUAUUCGUACCUCGUUGACAAAGCAUUGAAACCGUUUUACAUAGCUGUAAGAUUUAAGCAACCUUGCCAAAACUUGCUGACUGAGAGUUUUUGUUACAGAAGGACCUGAAAAAAUAAAGGCAGCAAAUCAUUUGCA